AUGCUCAUGCCGCGCAGCGAUGUCCUCAAGAGACACGUGCGCGGCCACACAGCCCAAGACGACGACAACGAAGCCGACGACAUCGACAUCGACGACAACGACAACGACGGCCCCCGCCCACCCGGCCGCGCUUCUCCCGCGUUUCGCCGCUCGACGCUGCGGUCCCCUCAGCGCAGCGACACUCCCGCCGACGGUUACAGCGAGCUUGUCCAGUCCAUGAACGCUGCGGACAGUGCAUCGCUGGACAUGACCCAGCAGCAGCUCACGAGCCUUGAUGAUUUCUCCACCGUGCUGGGUCUGCCUCACACCCCCGCCAGCGCCGUAUCAGCUGAUCGCUCCGAUGAACGACGCUACCCCAUGGGCAACACUGCUUGGCUGUCCGCCCUUAGCCCAGCCGUGCCAUCGUCUCCGGGGCUCUCGGGCCUCUCGGACCUUUCGAACCCCUGGGAUGCCUUCUUGCUCUCCAUGAGCCCGCCUGUGCCCUCGGACGCUAUUAGUAUCCCCUCGCGCAAGCAUAGCCUGGGCUCUGACAUACCAGACGAGCGCUUCACAAAGCUGGCCGGGCUGUGGCCCAAGAAGAGAGAGCCCCAAUGGUCCCUCAUCCAGACGCUCUGGACCGAUGCCGCUUGUUACAAGGGCACCAACCUAUUUUCCGAAUAUUCUCCGCGAACUGCCGAUAACUACAACAACGAUGAUGGCAGCCUGCUCUCUUUGCCCAACAACGGACUCCAGAGAGGCCUGGACGACGCAAGACGCCUGUCGCUUAUCCAGUUCAUGCUCCCAAACCUUGGCACCGAGCGAGACUACGAGUGGUCACGCAACUCGCGCUUCCCCACCGUCGACACGCUCGCCGUGUGCAUCGACUACUACUUUCAGAGGUUCCACCCGCUGUUUCCCUUCAUACACGAGCCAACUUUCUCCGCGAGACAAACACCUAACAUUAUGCUGGCACCGAUAUGUCUUAUUGGCCUUCACCUGCUCGACCCCGAUACCACCCGUCCGUUUGUCGCAACCAGAUUGGGCUCGAAGCCCAUCGUUCAUGUCGACCGAUUGAAUAUCUACGCCCCUUGCUCAAAUCAUCGGUUCAAUAUGCCCAACGCAAAUGGUUGGGAAGAUCUCGCCUCGGCAAUCAACAUGUCGUGCAUGAACUCGUGCAUUUCCGACUUCCAGUGUCAGUCGAUCGCCAAUACCGUCGCCAUGCACACCCUGCUCUCGGCGUCUUCGCUUUGCAUCGCCGACCUAAAGGCCAGCAAUCUUAUGCAUGACACUGAUCCUGAAAAAAACAUCCUCUAUCCUGCAGAAUCCUUUCAGUAUAGCGCCGCUGGACCGGCCCUCGUACGACUUCUUUGGGACAUCAACAUCUAUCAUGGCGAGGGACUGUUGGCCAGUGACCCAAAUGCCACAGUGUUGUGGCAUAACAUGUGUAUGAAUAUGUCGGCCAACCUCAACCUAUUCGAGCUAGCAGCCGGCCGAGAAGGGGUCAAGGUGGCCAAGGUCGCGCUCGAGAAGAUCCUCGUGUGGGCGCACAGCCCCUACUCAAGACGCGCCUGCCUCCAUGCGGCGCAGGUGUACGUCUGCAUGAUGAAGAGAAGGAUCACGGACGGGACCAUGUUCAUGUCCGAGGUCGCCCUUUUCAAUGCCGCCCUCGUAGUCGGCUUGUACGUGUACGCAUCACCCUCUACACUUCAAGGAGGCACUGAGCCACCUCUUGAACUACUGGACCAAGUCGACUGGAGUCAGAUUGGUGAUGGAGGUCUUCCUGGCUGGAGCCCGUCGCAGAACAACCCGGCCUAUGCGGCGAGCAGGUUCAUUAGCAAGGGAACCCCUAUCUCCUUCAACAAAAUGGUUUGCCAUGGGGGGUACAUGUCUUCCCGCCGCAUCCUGCUCAAUUACGUAGGUCUAUUGGAAGAGGUAGGCCGGUGGAAUUGGCGCAAGUUCCGACAUAUUCUGCGCAUCAUGGCCGACAGCAUGGUGGAAUUGGAGUAA